CCAGAUGGUCUGCAGCCAGUGAGGUCCCCCCAAGUGGUCAUGCUGAAUGGGGAGACGAGCAACUCUGCAGCCAGGAAUGUGGUCCGUAGCUCCAGCAUCAGUGGAGAAAUGUACAACAUAGAGAAGAGUAAUGGUGGCAAUUCUGAUUCAGCCAGUCUCUCCUCCACUAAGAAGCGGAGAUCCAGCCUGGGGGCCAAGAUGGUGGCUAUUGUAGGGCUGUCACAGUGGAGCAGGAGUACCAUGCAGCUCAAUCAUCCUGAUGGUGGUUUAAAGAAACUCCGAAGUAACAUUCGUCGCAGCACAGAAACUGGGAUUGCAGUGGAGAUGAGAAACAGGGUUACCCGUCAAGGCAGUCGGGAAUCAACUGAUGGAAGUACUAACAGCAACAGCUCCGAUGGCACAUUCAUUUUUCCCACAACCAAGCUGGGAGUUGAAAGCCAGUUCAGCGACUUCCUAGAUGGUCUUGGACCAGCGCAAAUUGUAGGGCGACAAACACUGGCUACUCCACCAAUGGGUGAUGUCCACAUUGCGAUGAUUGACCGGAAUGGACAACUAGAAGUGGAAGUGAUAGAAGCUCGAGACCUCACACCCAAAGUAGCAGCUAAAUCUUUUCCUUCUACGUAUGUUAAAGUGUAUCUGCUGGAAAAUGGGGCUUGCUUGGCUAAGAAGAAAACAAAGGCUGUCAAGAAGAACUAUGACCCACUCUACCAGCAGGCCCUUCUGUUUGACGAGGGCCCUCAGGGUAAAAUGCUACAGGUGAUUGUCUGGGGAGAUUAUGGUCGCAUGGACCACAAGUGCUUCAUGGGGAUGGCUCAGAUUGUCCUAGAUGAGCUGGACCUGUCCAGUGUAGUGACAGGUUGGUAUAAGCUCUUUCCCACUUCCUCAUUGGCAGACUCCACCAUUGGACCCCUUACUCGUCGCCUUUCUCAGUCUUCACUGGAGAGUUCAAUAAGCCCUUCUUGUCCUUAAAGAAGACAACGCAGCAACAGAGAAUGCCUUGUUCUACCACGGCUUCCGGUAGCAUGGUUUGUAAAUAUUCCAUGUUUUUUCCUCCCGUCACCCUUUCUUCUUCUUCUUCUUCUUCUCUUCCUCCUCCUCCAAGAAGAGAAAACUGUUCCAGUGACUUUAAACAUGUCUGACCCUCCCUCUCUGGGUGGACAAAAUAGGAGAGAUCCAGAAGGCGAUGGGGGAGGAAUUGAAAGGGAAAGAAAAGAAACACGUAUUAAGGGGAAAAAAACAACAACCCGAUAAAAAACUGCCAGUUUCAAGACUGUUAAAUCACCCCAAAGAAAAUCACCUGUGAAAAGGAGUAAACUGUUUCUCAUGUUUGAAGCAUCUUUGACAGCAUCUCAACCGUUAAACUCACUUCAAAAGAGCAUGUUAAGUUUUCUUUCUUUCUCAGUCCUGUUUUCUUUUGGCAUCUCUGGAGAAGAAGCUUUGGCUGGUUCUCCUAGUGUUUCUUUAAAAAAAACAAAAACAAAAGAAGGGGAAAAAAAUGGAAUGCAGCACCGCUAACAUUUUUUUUAAAGGAAUGUAGCAUUUUCAGACAUUAUGUAGCUUGCCAUGCGCUUACGGAUUCCUCUGCAAUAUUUAUACAGUGCGGCCAUCUUCCCACCUGGCAGGAGCUGUCAGCAUUUCACUUCCUGCUUAAAUCCUGGGUUUGGAAUCCCGGAGAAAGCAAUUUUGUUUGCGUUGCGUAUCUAGAGAAGGAUAGGAGGAUCUGCCAAAGGUGCGGAAGAAGAAAGAUCUCCAAAGGGUGCAUUUGACUGUUAAGUUCAAAGAAUACCAAGACUCACGUUUUGCUUUGUCAUGCUUAGAGGAAUUUAAUUGUGUCUCCUCCUUUCAGACACUCCUGUUUUAGAUACUGGAUCUUUGAUGCUACUUUAGCAAGGCAUAUGCAAAGGAUACUCUUACUAAAAUGGGCCUUUUGUUCAGUUUUGUCCUCACUGUGUCUGCAGCCCAAAAGACAAGAUAUCAAACCAACCAAUUUUCAAACAGAAGAUGAAACGUAACAAGAAGAUACGUACUGGGCCAACGUAGAAGUCCUUCAAAAGUUCAUAGGAUUUCUCAAAAGGAUGAGUAUGGAGUCUCUCCAUUUAUUAACUGUUUUCAGUUUAACCCAAUCUGGCUGCAAUCCUAAACCAACUAAUUUGUUAAACAAAAUAAUCGAACAUUUGAUGGAAUUUGCUUCUGUGUAAACCUGCAUAGGCUGGAUUGUUAGUUGUAUGAAUAUGUGUUCUAUGUAGCAAUCUGGUCUCUUGGUAAUGGCCAGUUCCCGUAGCAAAAUUGAGAAUUACAGAAGCUUUUCAUGAAGGUGCCUACUAAAAUUUGUUGCAAAUACUCAGGGGAGAUACUACUGAAAAUCACGAUUUAUUUAUUGUUUCUGUUAUUUUUUUAAAAUUUCCCAUGGACUGUAGGAACAGUAAAAGCUGACGGAUUGAGUAUCGAAGAGGCAGCAGCCUGAAAGUUACUGGUUAGUUUCUGAAUAUUAGACAGCCUUGGAAGUGGCUCUUAAAUUGAAAUGCUAUGGUUGGCAAAGGACUCACUUUAGCUAUCCACAUUUGAUUUUAACUGAAGGCCAAGGAACUGUUUUACUUCUUAGGUGUAUUAUAUAAAUAAAAUAAACAUGGAUUCUUCUGUAACUCCAGCUAGGAUGAAACACAAGGGAAGUUCUCAAGAAGGAAAUGAAGGGGAAAUAAAAGUAAUAGCAAUUAUUUUUUCCCUUACAAGGAUGACAAGUUUCCAGAGUAUGUGUUGAUGGGAUGCUGUUACACCCUUCAAAAAAGCAUAUGUAAAUAUAUUAGUAACCUAUUUCAGCAACAUGAACGUGCAGCGAUUUUUGGAUAUGGAAUUUCUGUAGCCAUCAAUUUGCCCCUACAAUUUCAACAGACCAAACCCAUCUACAGGUUUCAAAGAAGGGAGUUGAUGAUGUUACCUUGGCCUUGUUCUUCUUGAACGCCAUGUUGUUCUGUUGCUCUCUUCAUGUAUGGACUGUUGUGACAUUUUCCAGAAUAAGCAAUAUAUUGGUUUUGAGUUCACACCUGAGACAUGCUGUCUUGUUCAUUUUAGAAAGUCUUUUCUUGGCAAAAAGACAAAAAAUGUGUCAUCUGGCAUUCCCCUCUAAACCAACAAAUGUUGCCUGGUUUCACUGCAUCCUGAAUCUGAGUUUGAAUAAAUGCAAUUCACAAAGGAUUUUUUAAAAAAUGCAAAAGCAGGACUAACUCAAAGUUUGCCUCUAAUGAUAAAACGUACUCAAUCACUCGGUCGUCUGUUUUGCAGAAGCCUUUUGAUAGUUUGUCUCAUUGAAUCAGCACAAGUUGCCCUCUAAAAUACAAUUUUUAGUGACUAGCGGGAUUGUGCCUCCCUCAAAUUAUGACUCUGAGAUUUGAGGAGCCAUGGUGACAGUUCUUCUAAAGGAUACCACUUAGCACAACAAUUAUUUAAAAUAUAAGCAAGGGAGGCAGAAAAGAUUUUGUGCAACCAAUGACAGGCUUCUCUUGAAGGGACUCUCCUUUGAAGAAGUGGCAGAAAAUGAGUCCACGAAGUGCCUGAAGAAAGUACAAUCGUCCCUAGAAGGUGUUCCUGGUUCAAGAAGUCCUGCCGCAGAAAGAGCAGCUGGUGUCAAUGAAGAGCAAGAGUCCACUCUUCUUUCGGGUCCUAAACCAAGAAGAGUCCUUUGAAGACCAACUGCGUUCUUGAGACUGAAGUUUUACUUAUCCAGGGAUCCUUGCACAUUUUCCUAGAUAGUUGACAACUCUGCCAGUAUAGAUACCCUCUUCUUUAAAGCAUAGAAGCAUCGUUUGAAUAAUCCCCAGUGCUCCAGACAAUUGCUCUACAGCCCCCAAGCUUGCCAUAAACCCAGUUUCUGGGGCCUCUGAACUUUCCUACCUCGACCUUAGACCACUCUGGAUAUCUGCUUGUAUCAUCUCUUUGGCUUGAUCACUUGGACUUGUUUUUGUCUUUUCCAGUGUCUUGAUUGCUGACCCUCCAAACGGUCUGUGCUUGUAAGAUCUUGAAUUGUGUUUCAUCUUAGCCAAGCAGCUUCUGGAAAAUAUUUCAUUGCCAGCUUCAAGCUGUGGUCUACACUGAAGAGUGUCCUGGCUUCCUUAGCAAGUAAUACUAGUUAUAGGAAUACACCUGGCAUCUUUUGGCAGCAAACAGGCAAGUGGAUGCCUUAUUUAUCCAUGGAAAGGUCUGUAUAAUAAUCCUGUGGUGUAAAAGAACAAGGAUCAGACACUGCCACAUCUGGAGACAUCUCACCUAGUUUAGAAAUGGUACCGUCAGUCUGAAAGACUGGAACAAUAAAUAGAUAAAUAAAUAGAUAGAUAGAAAUCAAAUCAACUCUGUUCCUGUGUAGUGAAGUUAAGGUACUAGGGAUUUCUAAACAGCUUCAGUAUUUUUAUAGUGGUUCAGACCACUAUAUGAUGUGACCCUAAGAACGGCAUGCAUGAUAUUGCAGUCAGGCACAUGUUGAAAGUACAGUUGGAACCGCUAAGACGUUUCACCUGCUUUUAUACAUUCAGCACUGAUGGAAAGAGGUGUAAGAUGUAUAUCCCAACAUAAGAACUACAAAUCUAGAUGCAACUUGGCAUUAGUCCACUUCCAUCUCAAUAGAAAGUUUUGGAUUUGCCAACCAGCCCAUAAUCAGUUUGAUAAAAGUCUUUAUUUUAUUUUAUUUAAAAAAAACUAUUCUCACAGUCAGGAGUUUAUGUUAGAGAGAUGAUGAGGCUUCAGAUAAGAGUUUUUUGUCCAAAAACCAUUCCCAAAUACAUUUCAUGGGAACAAAACAAAAAAGCAACUACUUCCAGAACAUUAAAGGGGCUUUGGGUUUUUAUUUCACAAGCAUCAAUCUCUCUUUUGUGCCAGAGCUGAUGGUAUCUCCCACUCAGAGGAUUUGAUGAGAGCAAAAGUCCCAGUGAGGAAUCACAAAUGCCUUGGGACGUGCUAAGAAAGAGCCCUCUGGAUCUCGGUUUUUCUAUUUGGGCUGUGACCUCCUUUUUUGGGUGGGAGAAUGAAAUCUCUGCACAAAAUGAAAAAAAAAUAAAUCCCAAUGAUAAAAUAUAA